AUGCCGUCGCUGGCUCCUCCGUCGCUCUUCAGCUACGUGGUCUCGCAGGCCACGGGCGUACAGGCCGUGCGCGCGCGGCUGCUGUCCAGCGCGCCGUCGCUCGAGUCCUGCACGCAGCUGGAGACGGACUUCGCCGGCGCCGUGCUAUUCGUGGAGAGCUACCAGGGGCCGCACCGCAUCCUGACGCAGGAGAACUCGUCCCCCAAGAAGGACUUCUACGCCUACUACCAGCAGGCGACGGUGGGGCCCUGCCCGACUACAGCGCCACCCGCAGGACUCAGCAAGCUGGAGCUGUCCAAAUGGUGUAAGUGGCGGAACCUGGGCAACAUGACUCGACAAGAGGCCAUGAAGCGCUACACCACGGCGCUGGACAACUUGGUGGACGACUGGCGCCGCAGUGCAAACUUGCGCAGCGCCGCAGACCCUCGCAGCAGAGCGAGUGAGGCCUCGGCACCGUCUGAAGCGGGCUCUACCACGCCGACCCGAGUGAGGAGGUCCACCAGCAUGUUCGAGCGGUUGCCGCGCAUCUACGACGAGCUCGGGGAGCUGCAGGACCGCAUGGAAGACGAGGUCAAGAAGCGCGACGAGCUGGAGGCCCACCUGCUGCACUUCACGCGCGACAACCGCUCCAUGUUCAACCAACAGAUGGAGCAAAUGGAGCAGAUCCGCAAUAGUCUGGUGUCGCUAGUCAAGAACCUGGAGGACGACGUGGAGCACCACUCGACUGAGCUACAGCGACUGGUGUUGCGGCAGCAGGAGAUGGCUGUACUCGCCAACAACUCGAUGCUGCUGGCGGUGGAGGCUCGAGUGCGCCAGGUCUUCCUCGUCCUGCGCGGGUGGGUCCAGAACCGCGCGUUCCGUGCGGCGCUCUUUGUAUUGAUCACGCUGCGCGUGUGGCACUUCAUUCGGCGACGCCGCUUGCCCCAGUUCAUGGCGGAAAUCCUCAUCCGCUGGCUGGCCAAGGUGUCGUCGCUGGAUAGCCCGCCGCAGCUGGGCAAUGGCGCCGCCCCUCGACGCUGA